AUGGAAACAAAGCGAGUGUCAUCUGCUGCUGCUACUCCUGCUCAUGCGCACUGGCUAUCAACAAUGACAUCCGUAACUCAGCCGUCCAGUCCCGUAUCUGCUUCGACCCCGCUCCCGAAUUCUGUAACAUUUCCUUCAUCGGAAACGAAGCCCAAUCUGGACCAUAAAACGCGAAUUUUGUCGAGGUCGUUGACUGGACCCACAUUGACCAUACCACCCAGAACCGAGGUGGAUCCGAACUUGUUGAAGGUAUGA